AUGAAUCCGUUUUCGACAUAUCGUAUUAUAAAUGCUGAAGAAAUAAUUGAAACCAAUAUCCGUCCUAACCAUAUUCCUGAAGAUAUUGAUGGUUUAUUGAAUGUAUUAUUACCUGUUACAUAUAUAACUAGAGGAGAUUCACAAAGAGCAUCAAGUCUUCAUUCAAAUGUUAUACAAAAACUUAGUUCAAAAUUGCAUACAUUGGAUUUAUUGAAACAUUUUGGUUAUGAAUUGGAUAGAAAAGGUAAUUAUACUUAUCGAUCAACCGAUUCAAAUCGUGAAAUAACACUUCGUGAAAAUGCUACUAAUGAAUUUAAAAAUUUUUACAAUGAUUUGAGAAGAAUUAAAGAAGGCUCUUUGGAUGAUUUUGCAGAAUAUAUCAGAAAUUCCAGAGAACGUCCAUUGUCAGCUUAUUCUGAUCGCGAUGCACAUGAAGAGCAACAGCAACAACGACCAAAUUCAAGUUCAAAUUUUCGUUCACAACCAUCACUAUUGCCUAAUUCGUCGACAGUUACAGCAGGCAAUGAAAAAACAUCGGAAACAAUUAAAUCAUUUAAGGAAAGCAUUGUACCAAGACAUGCUGGACGACCUGCACAUAGUUUUAUUCGUCGGAAAUUAUUACUUCUUUUAUACAAACAGAACUAUCCUCACUCGAUUGAGUUUGGUGAUGAAGUGAUUGACGAGCAAAUCGAUCAAUGUGUACGUCAAUUAAAACAGAGAGAUAGAGGUCAAGAUGCAUCUUGUGGUGAUGAAGUUUAUUUUGAAUGUUUAAUUCGUACAAAUUUCGACAAUGAAGCUGCACUUGACAUACUACGUCAUAAUCGACCGAAUUUAAAACCACCUCCUGAGCCAGAAACUCCACGAGGACCGACUACAACAACAAUCGCUCGUAGUAUGCACUCUUUACAACAACAAUGGAAAUUACUAAAUAAAGAUACAGAUGAAAAUACAGCUCCUCAACUGUUAUUACAUGAAGGCGAUGAAUGGAAAAAUGCAACACAUAUUGUAACAGCUAUUAUCAAACUUCGACAACAAUACAAUACUCGAGAAGUUGACGAACAUAUUGUUUCUAAAAUGUAUCGAUUGAUCUAUAGUGAACUUUCAAAUGUCAUCGGCCGACAAUCGGUGCUAAAAAUUGAGCUACUCGCAUAUGCUUUAUGCAAAGUAUCAUCUAAUAGUCUUGAACAUCUUAGUAUGGCUGAUAUCAAAGAUAUUUUACGUUCAAGUAGUGACACAGAAAUCCAUGAAAAUUUUCAAGAUAAUGCUAUUAAAUCACUAUCAAUGGAGUGCCCAAUAUGUACCGAGUCUUAUCCACGCAGUCGAAUGGAGACAAUGUUUUUAUGUGGUCAUAUGUGUUGUUUAACCUGUGCUCGAGACUAUUAUCGAAGCACUAUUCAACAGAUCAGAGAUCCCCAAGCAUUAAAGAAACUAACUUGUUACGACGAAGAACUUGAAAUUGCGGACGAUGUAAAAUUGAAUUUUUUUCAAUAUUUAGGAUCCAAACUUAAUCAAUGGUUUACUGAUGAAAGACUUGUUCUUGAUGCAUAUCAUGAAAAUUUAUUUCUAGCAACACGAGAUUCACAAAUAAAAAAAUGUGGUAAUUCACGAUGUACUAGCUUUUUUAAUCUUCAUAAUAAUAAUAAUCGAAUUGUUCGUGCUCAAUGUCCUCAUUGUCAGUUUCAACAAUGCCAACAAUGUUGUCGAAAAUGGUUUGAUGAACAUAAUGGAAUGAGUUGUGAACAAUAUGCUGAAUGGUUAACAGACAACGAUCCUGAUGAUCCUGAAGUACAACUUACAAAGUAUUUAAAUACAGCUGGUAUGGUUUGUCCUAAUGAUCGAUGUAAAGCUAUUUAUGAAUAUAAACCAGGUGGAUGUGAACAUUUCACAUGUAAGCAAUGUAGGACGGAAUUUUGUCGAAUAUGUUCAGCACUUUUCUACAAUCCAGAGCACAAUACAGUUUGUCCUCGAGCAGAUUGUUCAUUAAAAAGAACUCUACAUGCUCAUUGUUGUUUGAAUUGUUAUCGCGAAAUUCGUGAUGCUCAAGUGGAUGAAAUUAUUACAUUAUUGACUAAUCAUAACGUAAAUGUCACAGAAGAACUUCGACAAAAACCGGCGGCAACUGGCCUUGAAUGUCCAGUGGAAGGUUGUAAAAAUGCACCGUCAAUGGCAUGUGAAAAUCGAUUUUGCGAACGAUGCUACAAAGAAUUUUUGUGCUUACUAAUAUGGCGUAAUGAGAUAGAGCCUUGGGAACUGUAUCCAGAUCAUAAUCUACGUCAAACAUUUACUAAUGCUGGAGUUGCUGUAGUAGAAAAUUCGACAAGAGAAGUUUUAAUCCAACUGGCUCGACAACGUUUAACUCAAUUUCUAGGAAAACCAAAAAAGAUACCGAGAAUAAGACAACAAUAA